AUGCAGAGACCCCCUUUUUCCAAGCGGCCAGAAAGAUGGCAGACAUUCAGACCGAGCGCGCCUACCAGAAGCAGCCGACCAUCUUCCAGAACAAAAAAGAGAGUGGUGUUGGGUGAAACCGGCAAGGAAAAGCUCCCGCGUUAUUACAAGAACAUCGGUCUGGCCUUCAAGACACCCAAGGAGGCCAUCGAGGGCACCUGCAUUGACAAGAAAUGUCUCCAUCCGAGGGCGAAUCCUGUCUGGUGUGGUGACAAAGAGUUCAUGCUUGGGAGGGUGGAGGGACCUUCGUCAUCAGCCGAGAUUACCUCCACUACGUCCGCAAAUGUCCAGAUCGGCGACAUCGUCACCAAGGGCGUGUGCUGGCCUUUGAGCAAGACCGUGCGCUUCAACGUGCUCAAGGUCACCAAGGCCGCAGGCACCAAGAAGCAGUUCCAGGAGUUCUGA